CAUGCCUAGAGAAAUCAUAACCAUCCAGGCCGGCCAGUGCGGCAACAGCGUCGGAAGCCAGUUCUGGCAGCAGCUGUGCCAGGAGCAUGGCAUCAACCAGGACGGCAAUCUCGAGGAUUUCGCGACUGAGGGCGGUGACAGGAAGGACGUCUUCUUCUACCAGUCGGAUGAUACACGCUAUAUUCCCCGCGCCAUCCUUCUCGAUCUCGAGCCCCGCGUCAUCAACGGCAUUCAAACGGGCGCAUACAGAAACAUCUACAACCCCGAAAACUUCUACGUCCACAAGGAUGGCACCGGCGCGGGAAACAACUGGGCUGCUGGUUACGCCAUGGGCGAGUCGGUGCACGAAGAGGUCAUGGAUAUGAUUGACAGAGAGGCCGACGGAAGUGAUUCGCUGGAAGGCUUCAUGCUGCUUCACUCUAUCGCCGGUGGUACUGGCUCGGGUCUCGGAAGUUUCCUCCUCGAGCGCCUGAACGACAGGUUCCCGAAGAAGCUGAUCCAGACGUACUCUGUCUUCCCCGAUACCCAGAACGCCGGUGAUGUCGUUGUGCAGCCGUACAACAGCUUGUUGUCCAUGCGGAGGUUGACGCAGAACGCGGACUCGGUGGUUGUCCUUGACAAUGGCGCUCUCUCGAGAAUCGCCGCAAACACGCUUCACGUCCAAGAGCCGUCCUUCCAGCAGACCAACCAGCUUGUCUCGACCGUCAUGUCCGCCAGCACCACCACCCUGCGCUACCCCGGCUACAUGCACAACGACCUCGUCGGAAUCGUCGCUUCUCUGAUCCCCACUCCGCGCUGCCACUUCCUGAUGACCUCGUACACUCCCUUCACCGGCGACCAAGUCGAAUCGGCCAAGACGGUGCGCAAGACGACGGUCCUGGAAGUCAUGCGUCGCCUGCUGCAGCCCAAGAACCGCAUGGUUUCGACCAACCCCAGCAAGAGCAGCUGCUACAUCUCCAUCCUCAACAUCAUCCAGGGCGAAGCCGACCCCACCGACGUCCACAAAUCGCUCCUCCGUAUCCGCGAGCGCCGCCUCGCGACCUUCAUCCCCUGGGGCCCGGCCUCGAUCCAAGUCGCCCUGACCCGCAAAUCGCCCUAUAUCCAGCAAUCGCACCGCGUGUCGGGCCUGAUGCUCGCGAACCACACGGGCAUCUCGACCCUCUUCAAGCGCAUCUUGUUCCAGUACGACCGCCUGCGCAAGCGCAACGCCUUCCUCGAGCAGUACAAGCGCGAGGCGCCCUUUGCCGACGGGCUGGGCGAGUUCGACGAGGCCAAGGCCGUGGUCCAGGACCUUAUUGCCGAGUACGAGGACGCGGAGCAGGCUGAUUACCUCACCAAGGAGAGCUUGGGCGGCAAGGACGAGGGCGCUGCUGCUUGAGGCAAGCACUAGCUGCUUGAUUGUGGUAGUGUUGUUGCCGCUGUGGCUGCUGCUACUACUGCUGCUGCUGCGCCCGCUUAAGUACCUACUUACGCCGCGAGGUAUAGGCGCCUGCGCAAGACGGCAACGACGGAUAGCUCCUUUGCGCUGUCCCAACAAAAAAAACAUGUUACUCCCACAUGCAUGUAUCGUAUCACACAUACAUACAUACCUACAUGCAUGCACCAGCCGGCAGGCAGGCAGACUGAACGGGUCGGCACAAACUCGACUUCGGAGCCCCUUUUGUUUAAGAGAGGUAGCGUAACGUAGCGUAGCGCUGGAGCUGCAGGCGUUUUUACGGACAAGCAGGCGGACGGACGGAUUGAUUGAUGGACUGAUGGACUGACGGUCGAUGAUGACGAUGGGGACGGGGUUGGCGGCGGGAUUCUGCUUUAACCAGGGCUUUGAAUGCUGGUUGGUCCUCUUAUUUACUCCCUUUUUUUUUUUU